UUUAUUCUCGUGCAGCUUCAAGCUGAUGAUUUCCGUACGUCACCAGGAAGCGCCGUCCAUACUUUAUUGAAGUUUUCUCGCACAUACAACCGACAGUUAGAAAUGAAUUCAAGUGCCUCCAAUAGCUACAUUUUUAAGAUGUUUUGAUACAUAAAAUAAGCCAUUUGAGAUGGAUGACAUCCACCUACACUACAGGUUCUUGAACUGGAGACGGAGAAUCAGAGAGAUUCGCGAAGUUCGAGCUGUACGCUUCCAGGAGCGAUACAAACGUAUGCUUAAAGAUGGAGACACACUCAGUUAUCAUGGGAACUCGGAUGAAGUUGGCUGCUAUAUGGCUCCUAGACCACUAUCAAAAGGAAACUGUUACUUUGAGGUGACCAUAAUGGACACUGGAGUAAGAGGUACGAUUGCAGUUGGCCUUGUCCCUCAGUUCUACAAGCUUGACCACCAGCCCGGCUGGCUCCCACAUUCGGUUGCAUACCAUGCUGAUGAUGGCAAGCUCUACAAUGGAAACCCAGUAGGACAGCAGUUUGGUCCAAAGUGUAACCGCGGAGACCGUAUUGGCUGUGGGAUAUAUGCAGACACUGUAGAUGCUGGCCUUACGACUGUUUUCUUUACCAAGAAUGGGAAAGAGGUAGGUUCGGUGGUGGUACCUGUGGCACCAGACGGACUCUUCCCGGCCAUCGGCAUGCAUUCCCUGGGAGAAGAGGUGCGGUUGGACCUGCAGGCUGAGUGGGGGCAGGAGGAGGAUGACAGUGUGAUGAUGGUGGACAGCCAUGAAGACGAGUGGGGCCGCCUCUAUGAUGUGCGGUCCAGCGGAACGCUUCUGGAGUAUGUAGGGAAAGGCAAGAGCAUCAUGGAUGUGGGAUUGGCCCAAGCCCGCCAGCCUCUCACCACACGUAGUCACUACUUUGAGGUGGAAAUUGUGGAUGCAGGCGACAAAUGCUAUAUUGCACUUGGACUGGCACGCAGAGACUACCCCAAGAAUAGGCACCCUGGUUGGAGUCGAGGAUCCGUGGCAUACCAUGCAGAUGACGGCAAGAUCUUCCAUGGAAGUGGGGUAGGGGACCCUUUUGGACCACGCUGUUUUGAGGGAGACAUCAUGGGCUGUGGAAUCAUGUUCCCACGAGACUACAGCUCGGACUGGGAAGAUGAGUUGGAUGAGUGGGAGGCACUGGAGGUUCGGCCCAAGCAGGGCCGUGUGCAGAACUUUGUGUACCUGAAUGAUGAAGACGAGGAGGAGGAUGGCGAUGACCCUGAGCAGGAUCAGGAAGGCAGGAAGGUCAUGGUGUUCUUCACCCGCAACGGCAAGAUCAUCGGGCGACGGGAGGUGGUGGUGCCCACGGGCGGCUUCUACCCAACCAUCGGGAUGCUCAGCAGCGGAGAGAAGGUCAAGGUGGACCUGCAUCCCCUCAGCGGCUGAGAGGAGUGGGAGGGAUGCGCCAGACAGAACAUGGAGGGAGGAAAAGAGCAUCCGCAUAUCAAGCUAUCAGUUCAAAUAUAUGCUUCGACCAGUUCACCAUUGCAGUCGUCACGAUUUUAGUUUAAACUUACUGCAGUGAAAAAAGGGGAACCAUCUGGAUUUGAUGAGCUCAGCAGUACAGGAUGUAUUGGUACUGGUCAUACACUUUUUCUUUCUUUACUUUAUCAUUAUAUUGCUUCUUAAACAAGCCUUUCGCUUGAAGUCAUUUUGGCAGAGGCUCGGAGACAACCAGGAGAGAGCCAGGAGAAAAACCGCAAACGGCACGAGUCCUCAUCUCUCCAUGUCCGUUAUGUCUCCACUCUGGGAAGAGGCGCUUCAUGUUCGGCUCAGGGCCUUUGGCCUGGUGUGUGUUUGCACCGUGACACUUUCCUGCCUUCCCUCAGCCCGAGGCAACGCAUACAGAUAAUCAGGUGGUUAGAUUCAGGUCUGAAAACAUACUGUACGUCAUGUCAAGUUGGCCCGCACUUAAAGGCUUUGAUCUGAUUUUGAUUCAUAUAAAUUAUAAUAUAAACUGUUCAGGAAAACAAAUAAAUAAAUGCAAAAUAUACUUAAAUAUAAUUAAUAAUAAAAAAAAACAAUCCUGUAUUUUUUAUGAAUGUAUAUCAUUUGCAUAUGUAACUCCCUCUUUGCCAAACUGUGUCACGCAGUGCAGUUGAAGGCUCUUAAUGUCAUGUUAAUUGGUACAUCCCCACUUUAGAAGCAACAUUCACACCAUGAAGGGGCAUGGGCUGACAUGAUCAGCGGCAUCAAGCACUUUCUAUUCAGCACUCCCACUUAAUAUUCAUCACAUUCUCGUUUGACUUUUUAUUUCCCUUCACUGUUGAAUGUCUUUUGGAAGUCAAAUGCCACUUCUGAGAUGAGAAUGCUAUUAGCUCAGUAGGGAUGUUGUUGACUGUUAAUGAAUAAAGGGAUGAAUUGAAGCUCACCGCAGGCAUGUAGGACAAGGGCUGCGUUUUCAGGACUGCUGUUUGUUUUGUCCCCAUCACUCUCAUGCAGAAAAGGCUCCUCAGCAGCCCUCAAUCAGGGAGCUGGAGGUGGCCCAGCUCAGGCAGACAUGAUCUCAAGAUGCACUGUGGGGCAAUAUAUGAGUGCUUUAUAUGUCAGAACCCUAAGGACAAAAAUGUUCAAGCAUAAUGUUUUUUUGAUUCAGCCUUUUUGGAAUUUCCAUUAGACCUCUUUUUUUCCCCAUCAAUCACUAGCCAGAGUUCUAUUCACGCUUGCUUAGCAACAAAUCACAAGAUAUCACUGUGCAAGUAAUAAAAAGACACAGGAGUAUGUAUCACUGUGGUCCUGUGUAGCAAGACAAUGAUGUUGUGCUUUUGCAGACACUGCUUAUUGUGAAAUAGCCCCACUCACUGUUCUGAGCACUUUAAAGCAGUCUAACGACUAAACCACCUGAAACCAGAAGCCAUUUUGCACACCUCAAGUGAGAUCAAACUGUAGAAUCUGUCAGUAUGUGUUGUCCUAUGUGCUUUUUUAUGUCUGCACAUAUAUAUUGAAAAUGAAAAUUAUGUAUUUUUAUCUGCUGUCUAGCAAAUAACCUAAGAUCAAUGCCAAAUUUAUUCUCAUAUUCCCCCCUCCCCAUACAUUAGUAGGGGAUUUCUUAAGCGGUUUUAUUAAAUUGUAUUAGAUUUACUCUGUGUGCCUCACUUCAAUGUUCAGAAUGAAAUGCCAUUAUUUAAUAUGCUUACUCUGAAAGAAACUGUUUACUUCAUGUCUUUAAGCAGGCAAUAAAUCAUUGUUUUGUCAUUGAGGAGUGGGGGCAAAUGCAACAGUUGCUUUAAGAUUACCCCCACAUCCAUCCAAAAGUGUAAUAUUCUGAGAAAGUCUUAAAUUGUAUUGAAAUUAUACUCCUAUAACAUGCUGGUGUCAGGCAAUCUAUGUUUUAGAUUCUAUGUAUUCAUCAACUCAUGGUCUGAAUUGAAUUGUUCUUUUUAUUAGGGGUGUGUCACCUCUAGCGCAUCCACUUCACACAGAGCACUUCUUGUCUGGGUCCUCUGUAUCUUUGUGAAAUGAUGAUUGAAUGAUUGUUAGCCACCAGUACUGUAAAUGUUAGCAUCUUGCCCAAUUGUAGCAUGCACGAUUUGGCUAACUCUGUGUAUGUGUGCACACAAUCAUUAAUAAAGAUGGCUAUUUCCAUAUAAA